ACACCAUGGCAAGAACCAAGCAGACCGCGAGGAAGUCGACGGGAGGAAAAGCCCCCAGGAAACAGUUGGCAACCAAGGCCGCACGGAAAAGUGCUCCCGCUACCGGUGGCGUCAAGAAGCCUCAUCGCUACAGGCCGGGAACCGUAGCGCUUAGGGAGAUCCGCCGCUACCAGAAGUCCACUGAGCUCCUGAUACGUAAACUUCCGUUCCAGCGUCUCGUCAGGGAAAUCGCCCAAGACUUCAAGACCGAUCUGCGCUUCCAGAGCUCCGCAGUCAUGGCGCUGCAAGAGUCAAGCGAAGCUUACCUGGUGGGUUUGUUCGAGGACACCAACUUUGUUAUUUCGUUCAUCAUGUCUGGAAGAGGAAAAGGAGGCAAAGGCCUGGGCAAAGGAGGCGCCAAGCGUCACCGCAAGGUCCUCCGUGACAACAUCCAGGGCAUCACCAAGCCCGCCAUCCGCCGUCUGGCCCGCCGCGGCGGAGUCAAGCGCAUCUCCGGCCUCAUCUACGAGGAGACCCGCGGUGUGCUCAAAGUGUUCCUGGAGAACGUAAUCCGUGACGCCGUCACCUACACCGAGCACGCCAAGAGGAAGACGGUCACCGCCAUGGAUGUUGUCUACGCCCUCAAGAGGCAAGGACGCACUCUGUACGGCUUCGGAGGAUAAAUCUCACAUUCCACCCAACUACAAACAAAAGGUCCUUUUCAGGACCACACACCCCUUCUGACAGUCAAUAAUCCUUUGAUAUCAACUUGUAUCGCUCAGGUUUUAGGACAUUGCUUCUACAUUUACAAUAAUGGUCUCAAUUUUUUAAGACUAAGAACAAACUACAUAUUCUUUGGAUAAUGUAAUGAAUUGGAGUUUAUCAUAUAUAUAUAACUCUGAUUCAGAUUAAACAAUAGGUUGAUAUCGGUCAUAUCAAACCUGUAUGCAAAUAUCUUGUCAUAGCAAAUACUUCUCCCAAUCUGAUACAGGUCAUAUUCAGACUGCUGCCAGUCUGAAUGUGCCAGGGGCAUAGCUCGGUUGGUAGAGCGGCCGUGCCAGCAACUUGAGGGUUGCAGGUUCGAUUCCCGCUUCCGCCAUCCUAGUCACUGCCGUAGUGUCCUUGGGCAAGACACUUUACCCACCUGCUCCCAGUGCCACCCACACUGGUUUAAAUGUAACUUAGAUAUUGGGUAUCACAAUAUAAAGUGCUUUGAGUCACUAGAGAAAAGCGCUAUAUAAAUAUAAUUCAAUUAAUUUGUUGUUCCUGGCACACGGUAGCUAGAUGGAUUUUAAUAUCAGUGGUGUGAUUUACAUUGUGUUUGUGUCUGUUUGCGUGCGUGUGCGCUGUAGGUUUUGAAGGAUUUCAAUGAAAAGAAAACUGGAUAUAAUCAAUCAAUCAAUCAAUGUUUACUUAUAUAGCCCUAAAUCACUAGUGUCUCAAAGGGCUGCACAAACCACUACGACAUCCUCGGUAGGCCCACAUAAGGGCAAGGAAAAACUCACACCCAGUGGGACGUCGGUGACAAUGAUGACUAAGAGAACCUUGGAGAGGAGGAAAGCAAUGGAUGUCGAGCGGGUCUAACAUGACACUGUGAGAGUUCAAUCCAUAAUGGAUCCAACAGUCAUGAGAGUCCAGUCCAAAGGGGAUCCACCACAGCAGCGAGAGUACCGUUCACAGCGGAGCCAGCAGGAAACCAUCCCAAGCGGAGGCGGAUCAGCAGCGCAGAGAUGUCACCAGCCGAUACACAGGCGAGCAGUACAUGGCCACCGGAUCGGACCGGACCCCCUCCACAAGGGGGAGUGGGACAUAGGAGAAAAAGAAAAGAAACGGCAGAUCAACUGGUCUAAAAAGGGAGUCUAUUUAGAUAUUGGGUUUCACUAUGUAAAGUGCUUUGAGUCACUAAAGAAAAACGCUAUAUAAAUAUAAUUCACUUCACCAACAAUUUGUGAAACUAUGACUGAUCGUGGUGCAACAUGCUCACUCUGAUACAGGUUAAACAUUUGGUUGGUAUCAGUAAUAUCAAUGCGCAAAGCAAAUAUACAUAGUGAUACCACAUCUUUUUUUCCCUCCCAAUCUGAUAUAGGUCAUAUUCAGACUUUAUCGACAUCUUGUGCAACUAUAACGGACUGAGACUGUGUGUGUGAUACCACCACUGAUUUAUUUUCCCUUUCUGAUACCGAGUAAAAUUCCGGCUGGUAUCGGCAGUAGUGUUCCAAUCCCGAUACUUUGUGCGAUUAUUAACUAGUGUGUGUGUGUGUGGUCAAAUCUUACAAAGUGUAUUUUAAAUGUUGCUGCUCUCUGGGAAUCGUCCUCAAACGAUAUCAAAUCACAA